GCGGUGCCCACAGGAGUCGCUGUUUUCCGGUCCCUCACAGGAAGCCGCGCUGCUUUCUGCGGUCUUGUUUCUCCGGCCGCUCUUCCCACCUGGUGAGGCCUAGGAGACUACUACCAUCUGUUUCCUGCCCGGCAACUGGAACACAAAGACUUAGGUUUGCCUGACUAGCUCGAGGGACGAGUUAAAGGAACGGACAGCGAAGGGGCGAGGCAUCCGGAGGGCUGCUGAAAGCCCCCGGAAGUGCAAUUCUCGCGGGUUCCUCGGAGUCCGGGCUACCUCCAGCCUCCUGACGGAAGCUAAGGAACAUCCAAAGUCUGAGGCCCGGAGUCCAGACCGGCGCCCCGUCGUGACCACCUGCAAGUCGCGUCCCUCUGCUUCCGUCGAGCGAGGCUUGAAGUGAGCCGUGGACUAGCUGCUUCCAGCGUCACCCUGGAAAACCGAGCGAGCUUGUGUAACGCCGAGCGGGCGAAGGAGGUGCUUUCUCGUAUAAGGCUGCUUCUCUUGAAAGCAGUCCUGGCUUCUAAGUGUGCCAUCAGAAUAACUCAGGAAGAAGAGCUGACCAUCUCGGCCCCCUAGCUGCCCUGGACAGAGCCCAGCAUGUCUCAGGCCACCAAGAGAAAGCAUGUGGUGCGGGAGGUGCUGGGGGAGCACGUGGUUCCCUCGGACCAGCAGCAGAUAGUAAAGGUCCUCAGGACUCCUGGGAACAAUCUGCAUGAGGUAGAGACAGCUGAAGGGCAGCGCUUCCUGGUGAGCAUGCCCUCCAAAUACCGCAAGAACAUCUGGAUCAAGAGAGGGGACUUCCUCAUAGUUGACCCUAUUGAAGAGGGAGAAAAAGUGAAGGCUGAGAUUUCUUUUGUGCUCUGCAAGAAGCACGUGCGCUCUCUGCAGAAGGAGGGGCACUGGCCUGAAGCCUUCUCUGAGGUAGCUGAGAAACAAAGCAAUAUGAACAGACAGAGUCAGCCAGAACUCCCCGCUGAGCCACAGCUGUCAGGAGAAGAGUGCAGUUCUGAAGAUGAUUCUGACCUCUUUGUCAACACCAAUCACAGACAGUAUCAUGAGAGUGAGGAGGAGAGUGAUGAGGAGGAGGAAGAGGAGGCAGCCUGAGCCUAGGACUCGCUUCUCUACUUGCUCAGGGACUACCCCCUUGGCUUAUCUGGGUUUGGACAUUCCCAGGCUGCCCUGCAAGCCUUUUCUUUUGGAUGGGGACAGGGCAUGGCCCCUUUCUGAACUGACGUAGAAGAAUUAAACCCCUGGUGGGUAAUGACAA